CUCGCCGGCGGCCGCCGCGCCACCGCGGCCAGUCAACCGGACAAAUCGAAUAAAAACAAGCAAAGAAAACAAGAAAACAACAGGAUCCAGUUGGCGCCCAACAAUAGCCCCACUCCCUCCGCAUUUAAACACUCUCUCCACUGAGGAAAAAAAACGCGUAUUCUUCUUCUCCCACACCCCCUGUCCAUAUUCUAUUCCUCCUCUAAAUCAUCGCCACCGCGCCCCGCCAGCCGCCGCCACCAUCUCCUUUCUCCCUGCCCUAUAAAUUGGCUUGAGAGUCGUAGACGGCGCCUAUUAUCUCCUUACCCUUUUCCCCCGAUCUUUCUAUCUUCACCCUUUUUCGGGUUUUCCUCACACUCUGUUUUUCUCGGCCGCGAAAAUUUUGAAGUUCGGAAGCAGCUUGCUCUGUCUGUCUUUCUAUCUAUAUAUAUAUAUAGUCCUUUCUCACAUCCAUUUCGGAUCCGUCUCUUGGUGGGUCUCUCACUUUCUCCUGGGAGGAGAAUCGGGCGAUCUCUGAGCUUCAUUUCCAAGCUGGUCAAGGUGCGGAGUUUUCCAAUCUCAUCUCUUUUUUACUUUGACAAUAGUUCUUGUCCAAUUUUUUCGUGGGUUUGUCGAAUCUGUGAAGUAUGAACAGAAUUGGUUUCUGGGUUUCGAUCUGUUAUUGGGAAAGCUCAGGACUUCAUCGUGAAUCUGGCUUUAGAUUUGAAUCUGCGAUGCAAUAGACAGAUUUAGGGAUUUGUUUGAAUCAAUAGGUCGAAGCUGAAUUUGCCGAUUGAUUUAGGGGUUGCUCUUAAUGUUUGCAGUGGGGAAAAGAUGGCAGAGACUCAACCAAGCAAACCCUUGAUCCAGCCAUCAUCGUCUCGAAAGCUCCCAGAUUUCAAGAAAUCCGUGAAGCUGAAAUACGUGAAGCUCGGUUACCACUACCUCAUCACUCAUGGCAUGUACCUCUUCCUUUCCCCACUAGUAGUCGUUCUCGCAGCUCAGCUCUCAACUUUCUCCUUCGAAGAUCUCCACGAGUUAUGGGAACAUCUCCAGUACAAUCUCAUCUCAGUGAUUGUCUGCUCGACCUUGAUGGUCUUCCUCUUCACACUCUACUUCAUGACACGCCCUCGACCCGUCUACCUCGUCAACUUCUCGUGUUACAAGCCCGAUGAGUCGCUCCAAUGCACCAAAAAGAUCUUCAUGGAUCGAUCUCGUCUGGCCGGAUCUUUCGCAGAAGAAAGCCUCGAGUUCCAGAAGAAGAUCCUAGAACGAUCUGGCUUAGGGGAUAACACUUAUCUCCCUGAUGCUGUAUUGGCCGUCCCUCCAAAUCCGUCCAUGCAAGAGGCAAGGAGAGAAGCCGAGGCGGUGAUGUAUGGAGCUAUCGAUGAGCUUCUCGCCAAGACAUCUGUUAAUCCGAAAGAUAUUGGGAUCCUGAUUGUUAAUUGCAGCUUGUUUAAUCCUACACCGUCACUGUCUGCAAUGGUGAUAAACCAUUACAAGCUUCGCGGUAAUAUUGUGAGCUACAAUCUUGGUGGCAUGGGAUGCAGUGCUGGUCUGAUCUCCAUAGCUCUUGCUCAAGAUCUUCUCCAGGUCCAUCCUAAUUCGUAUGCUCUAGUAAUCAGCAUGGAGAACAUCACCUUGAAUUGGUACUUUGGGAAUGAUAGAUCGAAGCUCGUCUCAAACUGCUUGUUUAGAAUGGGAGGUGCUGCCAUUUUGCUCUCCAACAAGAGAUCGGAUAAAAGGAGGUCCAAGUAUGAACUCGUUCAUACAGUUCGUACUCAUAAGGGUUCUGAUGAUAAGUGCUUCUCUUGUGUAACUCAAGAAGAGGAUGCUAAUGGGAAAGUCGGCGUUACUCUGUCCAAAGAUCUUAUGGCAGUUGCAGGGGAUGCAUUGAAGACUAAUAUAACUACUUUGGGACCUCUCGUGCUUCCAAUGUCAGAACAGCUUCUGUUCUUUGGUACCUUGGUUGGGAAGAAACUUUUGAAGAUGAAGGUGAAGCCGUAUAUCCCUGAUUUCAAGCUGGCAUUUGAGCAUUUCUGCAUUCACGCUGGUGGGAGAGCAGUAUUGGACGAGUUGGAGAAGAACUUGCACUUAUCUGACUGGCACAUGGAGCCAUCUAGAAUGACUCUGUACCGCUUUGGUAAUACCUCAAGCAGUUCGCUGUGGUAUGAGUUGGCUUAUUCAGAAGGUAAAGGGAGGAUUAGGAAAGGAGAUAGGACGUGGCAGAUCGCGUUUGGUUCAGGGUUCAAGUGCAACAGUGCUGUGUGGAAGGCUUUGAGGACUAUUAACCCUGCAAAGGAGAAGAAUCCAUGGAUGGCUGAGAUCGAUAACUUCCCGGUCGAUGUUCCUAGGGUGGCAACGAUUGGUUAGGUGAUGUAAGAUCCAGUUUAGUGUGAUUUUAACAUUCUUGGAUGGGAGGGACAAAUUCGAGUUGACUGAGUGUAUUGAUUUUAAGGGGCAUUAUUCUUUUGGUACAUUAAGGCUUAAGGCUUUGCUAACUAUAUGGGAGUAGUCGAGUCUAGAGUCUUGAUUGGCAUGUUGGUCUUUUUUGAGGAUCUGUAACUUGGUUUCAAUUGUUGGGAUUCUCACUUGGCUUCUACUUCGAUUUCUGCUUGAAUCAGUGUUAAUCUCUGUUCACUCAAAAUGUUGUUCUGGUGAAAGUCAGCGUCGUUCAUGAGCCCAGGAUAUACCCAGGGCGAUGCACCUCCAGAGAGCUCUCUUAUGAUCGUUUGAAUGGCAGAUUUGAUUCCACCAAACUUAGGAACGUCAAUUGCAAGCAGCCAUGUAAAUGCCAACAAAAAAAGCACCUAAACAAGGUAGUCUAAACAUCCCAUUGUGAUUAGAUUAGACAACGCAUUCAUUUUCAUUACAUUCCAAAGAUAAUUUAGCAGCAACUUAAAUCAUUAAGAUCUCACUAAGCACAAGGAAAAUAUGGCCAUAUCGAAUCAGCUUAAAAGUCAUAACCAUCCUGCAACAACCAAAACAACCUAACAAGAUCCACAAGUCUGACAUUUUCCCUGGCAACGGAUUUCCAAACUCGUUGGGGGGACAAAUUAACAGUCUAAGAGGUAAAUCUCUAAACAUCAGAAGAACAAUCUCAGGUGUGUUUGCACGCAGGAACCCAGCUGCUUCUACAAACGCUCUCUAUUCUUUGGAUGAUUUGUUGAUGAGGGACUUGUGGAUGUGAGGAAUAACUCCACCGCCAGCAAUGGUACCCUUGAUUAGGGUAUCAAGCUCUUCAUCACCACGGAUAGCUAGCUGCAAGUGCCUUGGAGUUAUACGUUUCACCUUCAGAUCUUUGCUUGCGUUCCCAGCCAAUUCCAGUACUUCUGCAGUCAGAUACUCGAGAAUAGCGGCGGAAUAGACAGCAGCUGUAGCUCCUACCCUCCCAUGAGCUGUUGUUCGUAGUUUCAGGAGGCGAUGGAUACGGCCCACUGGAAACUGCAAAGUUAUCCAACAAAGAGAAAAUUGAGAACCAUUCAACCUCAAUCUCUCAACUUUCAGUCGGGCUCUAAUGAGCAAUAAGCACAGGCUUACGUAACAGACAACAAAACUAUAUUGUAAAACAUGCACUGGCAAAUGAAAAAUGAAGGCCCUAUAACACAAAAUGAGUCACAAAACUAUGAUGUAACAGAACAAGCGACUGAAAACUGCCUUGGGUUACUUUAAACAAUUCAAUCUAAACAAGAUCACAGGACAAGGCUAGUUCUCACUUUCUCAGUGCACCCCUUGAACAUGAAAUUCAAAUAUCAAGGACAUUCGUGGGAGAAAGUCAAGUCAAAAUCUCGAGGAUAUGAGCAACACCUACAAUAUUGUGAAAGAAUCCAAACACUUGCAUAAGAACAUCCAAGUGCAGUUCACAUUCCACAUACCCGACCAAUGAGCAAAGCCACUAGAAAGACAUUUCAACCGACUCUGCAGACGAAGUUUAUACAUCAAACUAACAUGCUGAUCAACUAUUUUCCAUGUUCAGGAGAGAGAGGGAAAAAAUAAAGGAUAAUAUGCCAA